AUGAUCACUCUGGUCGACGGCGCUCCGACUUUCAUGGACCCUCUCAAGGAAUGGAAGAUAAUAGUAACGCAUUAUGGAGGAUUGGCCGGUCUCGCUCUGAUCGGACUUAUCCUGGCAGCUAUUCUUCCCUGCGCCGGUCUCUUUUUCUGUUGUUGCAGAUGCGCGGGACAUUGCGGUGCCCGAAGUCAACCUUUCGAUAAAAAGCACGAUCAUUGCAGAAAAAUUAUGCUCAGCAUCAUGUUAAUCGUUGUCGCUACUAUUAUUCUAUUCGGCGUGGUGUGUGCCUUUGUGACAAACGAGUACAUGCAGGAGGGAACCAAAGAGCUUCCGUGUAAAGCCAAGACAAGUCUGAAAGACGUCAAGCUCUACUUGACUACCACGAAGUUAGAGAUUGACAAUUUGCUCAAGACCAAUCCCGAGGAACUUGAAGUUACGCUCAACAAUAUUCUGCAGGCCAGUGGAAAAAUCGUUACCGAACAACUAGCGGAAUAUUCUCACGCCGUCUCCCUGACAAAUCUGAAUGACAUCGUUGCUGGCUUAGAGUCGAUCAGAGAAGAUCUGAGAUUGAUGAAUAAAAUAACGCAAGAAUUAAGGAUAAAUGCCAGUCAAUUGGACAUUGUUGUCCGUGGUGUUAAGAAAAACCUUCUUCACACGCUGGCUGCAUGUACGACUGACAAGUGCCAACGGGUUCUGCACGAUUACAAAGUGAAUCAAAUGUCAGUACAGGUGGACUUCGAUAAGCUGCCAGACGUUACAUUUGCGUUACAUAACAUCACCGUGCUCAUGGAGAGUAAUAUAGUGUCGGAAGUAAGCCAGGGCAGGGAUUCGUUUCUGAAGAUUCAGAAGGAUAUACAGCACGCCGUUAAUCAGACAAUCCCUGUAGUUAGUGCGAGUAUUCGACGAGCCUGUAACUAUCUGGCAAGCAUUGCCAAUAACAUGACUGCUCUUAUCGACAGGAUAAAUAUCGACAUAGAUAAAGUAUAUAUGCGACAUUUAGAAGUUGCUCAGAAUAAUAUAAAUCAGUAUUCACCCUACAGAUACUAUCUUGGGCUUGGUAUAUCCGGUAUUCUUCUGACUGUCUUGAUGUGUUUAACGUGUGGCCUUUUCUGCGGUAUUUGCGGAAAACGUCCAGAUGGAUACGGAGAUGAUUGCUGUAAUAAAGGAUCAGGGGCACGAUUUCUUAUGAUGGCUGUGUGGAUUAUCUUUCUUUUGACGAGCAUUCUGAUGGUUAUAACUGUUGUUCAUAUGAUAACCGGCGUUAUAGCCCAACGUGGUAUCUGCGAGCCUUUAAAGAAUCCAAAAGACAACAGGAUGUUCGAACUGGUCGAUGAGUUUGUGCAAAUCAAGAGAAUACUUUAUCCGAAAAAUCCUAAUGCGAAUAUUAACAUGAGUUAUAUUGUAACUAAAUGCCAUGAGAAUGAGACGCUUUACAAUGUGCUGAAUCUAAAAAAUGUAUUCAUUGUUGAGAGCCUGCGCGAUUACAAUGGACGUUACGACAUCAAUGAUACCAUCCAACAAUUACGCCGCAAGAUCAGCCUUUCUCCCGGUGUAGUGAUCCUGAAGGAUAGCGCGAGAUCCAAACUGAACGAUCUAGCGCAGAGUGGCCUAAGCGACAUUAAAUUCUAUCAGUAUGCCGAGCUACUCGCUGAGAACAUUACGAAUAUUAAUUUGGAACAUCUUGCCAAACAAUUACGAGAAGUUUCCGCUAAAUUACCGGAAGGACAAGAGGAAAUCAGGCUCAGUCUUGAGAAGAAUGCACAUGACUUGGAACAUUAUCACAGAGACUUAGUCAUGCCUAUGGCUAUGCUCAGCGAACAAUUGAGCGCGAACGCGUUAACGCUUCAGGAGACCAUUAAAUUCAAUCAUAGUUCAAUGGCUGACGCUAUUCAUGAUUUAGUGGAUGAAGUUACCAAGGCACAGCAAUUCCUAAAUAAGGAUGGACCGGAAUAUGUUCAAUAUCUUGCUACUAAAUUUGGCAAUGCGUUUUUGCAUCAAGUGGAUAAAUUUCUCGAGCAUGUCAUUGAAUCUGCAAUUUUCAAAAUUGGAAGAUGUGCUCCCGUGUCGAAUGCUUAUAACGCAACGCUCGUGGCCGGAUGCAAUAGAAUUUUGGAUCCAUUCAACGGCUUUUGGGCAAGCGUUGGUUGGUGCCUAAUCCUAUUCAUACCAACAAUAAUGCUCUGUGUGAAGUUGAGCGCUCUGUACCAAAAGUCAGAUCCAUAUCCGGGGCCUCUUGUCGAAGCCGUCCACGACAAGAAGCACAUGUCCCACCGACACAAUCCCGCAGCGUACGUUGAGAGUUAUGACGGACCGGCGAUGGGAUACGGCGAGCGCGAGAGGAUCCCCGAUGCCCACCAGAGUACGUCGCAUCACGACUCGCGAUAUUCUGAUCUGGCAUCUAAGUAA